AUGGAGUUAAGAAGAUUAUCUAUAUAUUUAGCACUGUUCGUGGUGGCCUGCGUAUCGCAAUGUUCAGAAGCGCGCCACUCUAUGGAAAGUCGAGAAGUGGAGGACAAUAGCUAUGACGAUGUACUUGCUGAUGAAGCAAGCGAUGAUGAAGCACAAAAUGACGCUGAUGGAGGUAACGACGCUGAUGAGGAUGUUGAAGAUGCGGUUAUCGUGACACAAGCAACGAACUACAGCGUUACAAUCGGGAAAAAUGUUCGACUGGAGUGCAAAGUUGAACCUACCGAUGGUGUUGUAGUGCAAUGGACAAGAAAGAACACAAAAUAUUUUAUUGGAACCAUGAAGCCUAAUGAACAGGAUCUUCAAACAUACACUGGACUAGAUCGAUUCUUUAUUGCUCCUAAUUCAACGGACCUCUUAAUCAAGGACAUCCAACACGAGGACAGCGGUUCUUACAAAUGUGAAAUUCUGCAGAUGAACCCACCGUCCAUAGAGCACCAUAUCGCCAUUUUGGAAUCGCCUAAGAUCAAUCGUUUCUACGCUUCUGACAAUGGCGUUGUUAGGGAGGGUCAAGACCUGCUUCUCACCUGUGAAGUCUCCGGAUCUCCCCCCCUCAAAUCCUAUGGUCUUGGGGAGGCGCUGAUGGUAACCAGCGGUUGA